AGCAUUACUAAAAAUGGCAGCACCACCCGUAAUGAGAAAUAUGCUUCAUUCGUAUGGUAGGCGAGCGAUCAUUGUGGGCAUGAUUGCUGGAUUCGGCACAACAUUUGGAUUUUACUUCGGUUACGUUCAAAAACGGCAACGCAAAUAUGAAGAAUUUUUCAAAAAUUACGAUCCAUAUGAGCGCAUGCGCGAAAUUUGUGCACAUGGUAAAGGAUAUAUGCAUACGUGUCCACAAGAACUGGCAAAGUUAUAUGAAGAAAAAGGCAAAACGAUUGCUCCAUUGGAAGAAUGAAAGAAGAAACCAUUUCUUUGCAUGGAAUUUUGUAGAAUUAAUUUGUAGAGCCGUGUGAUAACCAGAAAAGUUAAUCUCCAUUAACGUGGUUCAUUUAUCUCAUCAUGAAUCGAUUGGAUUACUUUUCCUCUUCAUAAUUGUAUUAUUUGGAUACCUCGAUGGUUAUUUAUGUGAUGAAGUAUAACUUUUCAUAUUCAUAUCUUGUCUAGAAGUAGAAGCCUUGUUCUUCAAAUUCAAUUUUAUCGACAUACGCUACGGAUUUUGGAGAAUAAAUUUGGUGCAAAUCGAUUUUCUCGAACAGUAAAUGUUAUUAUGA